AUGUCCUCUGAACUUGAGCGAUACGUUAGUGAUAACUCUUUACGCUUCUUCGGUGUAUCCGACCGGAGUAUUAUUGACUAUGUCAUAGCGUCAGCCUCGUCCUCAAAGUCUCCCGAGUCUCUAUUCACUGCACUUAACGCUUCCGGGCUCCCAGACACACCCGACGCGCACCAAUUCGCUCAAGACGUGUAUUCUCGUGCGCCUCGAAAGUCUAAGCACAAGAAGUCUUCAGGUGCCUCUCGGAAGCAGGAAGAAGAACGAUCUAAGCUCCUACAGUCCCAAAAGUAUAGCUUUUUGCUUGAAGAUGACGACGGGCAAAACGAUGGCGUAAGUUUCGAUGGUCAGACGAAGGUUUCGGGACGGAGCAGUGCGAAAGAGAAACGGGAGCGCCACAGUCGUAAACGCGAAAGCGACGCAAGAGAUUGGGAGAGUGAUGAAGAAGACAAGCUGAGCAAGAGGCCUCGAUUGGACGAUGUGGAACAUAGACGUGGGGAGGAUGAUGAUGACAUGGAUAUUGGUCAACACGAAGGUGAGGAGGCGAGGAGAGAGCGGCAGCGAUUAGACGAUCUCAAGGAAAGGGAUGAGUUUGCCGAGCGUGUCAAGCAACGGGAUAGAGAGAAGACGAAGCGUGUCAUAGAGGAUCGGUCGUCAAAGGCCACGGGUGCGGCAGCUGAAGCAGCAGAGCGUCGACGACUAGCCGAUGAUGGUCUCGCGCGAGAGCUCGCCAUGCCAUCUCUUCGUGAACACUCUCGACAGGAAUAUCUAUCCAAACGCGAGAUACAACGAAUCGAGCUACUUCGCCGAGAGAUAGCGGACGAUGAGGCUCUCUUUGCUGGGAUGAAGAUAUCAAAGCGUGAGCGACGGGAACUCGAGAGGAAGAAAGAGCUUCUCAGACUUGUCGAGGAACGGCUGAAAAUUGACGACAAGUGGGAAGGCUAUCAAUUACCGGAAGAUUAUAUCACGGAGCAGGGUAAAAUCGACAAGAAGCGGAAGGAGGGGGUAUUAUAUCAGCGGUACGAGGAGGCAAAACCCAAAGAUGACCAGUUCACCACUGAUGUCGAUCAGUGGGAGGCGGCGCAGACCAAGCAUAGUACGUUCAAGACGGGUGCAAUGGACAAACAAGAAAUCGUGGAAGACUAUGAGUAUGUUUUUGAUGAGAGUCAGACGAUUAAGUUUGUUCUUGAGAGCACUAUGGGAGGUGAGGGUCAGAUGAGUGCGGCGGACAAGCUGCUUCAGCAGCAGAUUGAUGAGGCGGAGAAGCGCGCUCAGUCAAUAGAUGAGACUCGUAAAUCCUUGCCGAUAUAUCAGUAUCGUGAAGAGUUAUUGGAUGCCAUUAAAGCGCACCAGGUGCUGAUUGUGGUCGCAGAGACAGGCUCAGGCAAGACAACUCAAUUGCCUCAAUAUCUUCACGAAGCGGGUUAUACGGCGAACGGUCAGAAAGUUGGAUGCACGCAACCACGACGAGUCGCAGCGAUGUCCGUGGCCGCUCGUGUAGCGGAGGAAAUGGGGACAAAGGUAGGGUAUGAAGUGGGAUAUUCAAUCCGGUUCGAAGAUUGCACAAGCGACAAGACCGUGCUCAAAUACAUGACCGAUGGUAUGCUACUUCGCGAAUUUCUGACCGAGCCGGAUCUGGCUGGGUACUCUGCGCUGAUCAUCGACGAAGCACAUGAAAGAACGUUGAGUACGGAUAUUUUGUUUGCACUCGUGAAGGAUAUUGCGCGGUUUCGGCCUGAACUCAGAUUGCUCAUCUCUAGUGCAACUAUGGAUGCAGCUAAAUUUAGCGAAUAUUUUGAUGAUGCCCCGGUCUUCUACGUUCCUGGACGACGAUAUCCUGUUGAUAUUCACUACACACCGCAGCCCGAAGCAAAUUAUUUGCAUGCAGCAAUUACCACGGUCUUCCAGAUACAUACGACUCAGCCGAAGGGAGACAUUCUCGUUUUCUUCACCGGCCAAGACGAGAUUGAAGCAGCGCAAGAAAACUUGCAAGAGACUGCGCGGACAUUGGGGAAUAAGAUUGCAGAGCUCCUCAUUUGCCCCAUUUAUGCCAAUUUGCCAAGUGACAUGCAAGCCAAGAUAUUUGAACCAACUCCGGAAGGUGCCCGGAAGGUCGUUUUGGCGACUAACAUUGCGGAAACUUCUAUCACUAUUGACGGUGUCGUCUUUGUGAUUGACCCUGGUUUCGUCAAACAAAAUUCUUACAAUCCGCGGACUGGAAUGUCCUCAUUGGUUGUAGUCCCGUGUUCGCGUGCUUCUGCAAAUCAACGCGCGGGUCGUGCAGGCCGAGUUGGACCAGGAAAGGCCUUCCGAUUGUAUACCAAGUGGGCAUACGCGAACGAAUUAGAGGAGAAUACUGUUCCAGAGAUCCAACGCACGAAUCUAGGAAUGGUAGUUCUCCUCUUGAAAUCCCUCGGCAUCAACGAUCUCAUUGGAUUUGAAUUCAUGGAUCCGCCUCCAGGAGAGACGCUCAUGCGAGCAUUAGAGCUACUAUACGCGCUAGGUGCUCUCAACGACCGCGGUGAACUUACGAAACUUGGCCGGCGUAUGGCUGAAUUUCCGGUCGAUCCCAUGUUGUCCAAGGCAAUCAUCGCGAGUGAGGACUAUCGGUGCACAGAUGAGGUUCUCACCAUUAUUUCGAUGCUACAAGAGUCCUCGUCACUUUUUUACCGUCCAAAGGACAAGAAACUGCACGCCGAUCAGGCGCGACAGAACUUUGUACGAGCGGGCGGCGAUCACUUUACGCUACUGAAUGUAUGGGAACAAUGGGCGGAGACAAACUACUCGCAGCAGUUUUGUUACGAGCAGUUCCUGCAGUUCAAAAGUCUAAGUCGAGCUCGGGAUAUACGGGACCAAUUGGCUGGCUUGUGUGAACGUGUAGAAGUGGUGGUCGACAGCAAUCCCAAUUCUAAUGAUGUCACACCAAUCCAAAAAGCUUUGACGGCGGGAUAUUUCUAUAACACCGCUCAGCUGCAGAAGAGUGGCGAUUCGUAUCGAACGCUAAAGACGAACCAGACCGUUUACAUUCACCCGUCGUCGAGUCUAUUUCAGAUUACUCCGCCCGUGAAGACUGUGUUAUACUAUGAAUUAGUGAUGACAUCGAAGUCCUAUUUGAGGCAAGUGAUGGAAAUCAAGCCCGCCUGGUUGCUUGAGGUUGCGCCCCACUACUUCAAAGUCGCGGAUCUAGAACAGCUGGCAACUGGCGACAAGAAAAUGCCCAAGGUCAUCGGCAGUGCUGGGGAAAGGGUGCGAGCGUAG